AUGGCCGCCCGUCCGGCCACGGACCGCCAACAACCGCGUCGCGCAAGCCCGUCCGUCCCGACUACGCCAAUUCCAAUCAUGGAUCAAGAGCAGGAACCACUCUCCCAGGUCACCCUGCCCUCCACUGAAGGCCCUGGCUCGCCUAUCGAUCCCAGCGCCUCCUUCAAGACCGAGGUCAACGACGACAGGCCAUCCGCAAUAGUCAUUCCUUCCUCCCUUACCCCGCCUCCCUCAUCGCAGCUCGGUGUCGCAGCCAAUCGACGCACAACCGCAUUCUCCCAAUCGCAGCAGACGGUCCCAGUCUCUCCGCCCGCCACGAUACUCAAUAACCUGCGCGACCGCGAUAUCAACGUCUCCUCCGUCUACACCGCGCCCUCCCCGGACCAGAUUCGCGAUGCUUCGUCCGACCAACUGCGCGAAAUGCUGCAAACAUGCAUCAUCGACAACCAAAAAUUCAAAAUGGAGGCCGCGCAUCACAAGCUGCAAUAUAAUCUACUCAGCAUGCAGGCCGACGAGGAGUCUAAGCGCGCUGCUGUCGAACAUGACAUGGUUCGCCGUCAAGUUGAUGUUCUUUGCCUGCCAGAGCACUCCAGGCACGUCAAGCGCGACUUCGGCUCGCCUUCGGAUGCCAUGACUACCAAGUACUUGGAGCUCAAGGCAUCCAACGAAGCGAGCUUGGAUGAAAUUGAAAACUUGCAAACGCGCCUGCACGCCGCUAAGAAAGUCAUCAGGCGAAUGCAAGAAGAGAACAUACAUCUCACUGACGAGCGUGAUGUGCUUCUCAACCGCAUACGUGACAAUAGAGUGCGCUUUAAAGGGCUGUACAGCCGCCACGGUUUCCCCCACGAUGCACCUGAUCCACAACAAAGCUCCCACCCAGCGCAGUCGCGCCAUACUGCGCGCACGCACGGCACCGAGAACCAGCAUGGUCUGUCGAUGAUUCUCCAGGCUAUCAGCCAUGACGAUCCGAACAACAGUGCCCCCUCGACGCCUGCCCAACCAGCUCGCCUCACAUCUCGCCAGAGCCGCAGACACAGCCGCAACGCCCAGUCUAUGUCGUCUCUCCCUACCACACCCCUGAACCAUCCCCGCGGUGCGCACUCUGGCCUGCUCCCAUCUGCCGACCUGGUGCCACAGACGGAGCCGCGCAUGAUGUACUCACAAAAACGAUUUGAGCCCGUCACACCAGAUACACAUCCUGGUCAGAGGAGCCGCGAGAGUACCAUCUCUGCCGACGACAGCGAUGAUGCCGCUGCCGCCAGGAGAGCAUCCGGUCACCGCGCCAACGUGUCCAUGCGCAGCGAGCGAAGUGGUAUGGUCGAAGAUCGAGACGUCUUUGGCAGCCAAGCUAGUCAGGCUGCCACGGAUCUCCUCCGCCGUCAUCCAGGACAUAGCUUUGACAUGGCGAGUUCUGGGGACUCGCGGGACGGCAGCCCCAACCGGCUCCCGAUCAAGCCAGUUGUCCCCAAGCCCCGCUCCAGACUACCAGAUUUCAGUCGUUCAGAAAAGCGACGGCUCUCCGGGUCUGAUGCCGAGACGGCGGCGGCCAAGUCACGGCGUGAACAGGGCAGCCCGGCGAAAAAGGCCCGUACCGGGGCGGACGCUGACGGGAGGCGGGUGGGACUUGGCAUCCAGUACGAGUAA